CAUACCCCUGUUUUUAUGGCUUCCACAGGAUUCCAAGUAGAGCGGCUCGACCAUUACCAUAACCUUGCUCCAGAGCUGCUAUUCGAGAAUGGCACCAAAUCAAAGGUGUAUCAGAAUGGUGAAGUGAGGGUAAUAAAACUUGAAAGCAUAGAUAACCUUGUAAGACACCACCAGUACGUUAUUAUUUUGAAGGCCAGGGGUGAUAAUUGGUUCCUCUUGUAUGAAGGAAAUGAAGAGACAGAAGAGACUUUCCAUAGCUUGGAUACAGGCCUCUCCGAGCUCUUAGACGUAGAUAUAGAGAUAACAGUAGAUCUCCUCAAUGUCUUCCUUCUGCCUGAGCCUGAUGAGGGACUGGUUGAAAAAAUGAUGGCAGAGAUCAGUCAAGUUGGGUAUCUGAACCUCCUAAAGAGUGAGAUGAGUUUAGGUUCUGGUAGUUAUGAAGUGGAUGGCAUUGAGGAAGUGGAUGGUAUUGAGGAAGUCGAUGGCUUUGAGGAAGUUGAUGGUAUUGAGGAAGUCGAUGGCUUUGAGGAAGUCGAUGGCUUUGAGGAAGUUGAUGGCAUUGAGGAAGUCGAUGGCAUUGAGGAAGUCGAUGGCCGCGUUCAAGUAGAUGGCAUACGAAUGUCUCGCCACAUCAAACAGGACCCUAACUUUCGAAAUAAACAUGGACGAGGCCCUAGUGCACCGAAAGGUACUAAACGUAAGGAAGAUGGGUUAUGGGAGAAAGCAUUUUGUCGCCCAUUUGAAAAUAAUGAUACUCCUUCUGUUAAACAUGCUGAAAGCAUUGCUGCCGAGAUAUUGGAGGUUGAUGAUACAGAUGGUGCUUCAAAUGUUAUCCUCAUUGAAGCUGUUGAACGAGACAGUAUUUCCAUUGUCUUGCAGUUGUUACUGCUUGGUAGCGAUCCGAACCAACAAAGAAAUGAUGGCAAUACUGCUCUCCAUGUAGCAGUUAGAAAAGACAACAAAGUAAUGGUGAAGCUACUACUUGCCUUUAAAGCUAAUCCAAAUAUUGAAAACGAAAUAGAAGAGACUCCUAUAUAUCUAGCUGCAGAUAAAGAAAAAAUCUCUCAUUUACUUACAGAAGCUGCUACUGGGCAAACAGAAACAAAAGAAUAUUUUGCUUCUAAUCCAAACCUUCCAGAGGGAACUCGGACUGGUACUUACCUUAUGAGCCUGGAUGGUGGUGGAAUUCGUGGGUUCAAUAGCAUCACAUUUCUCAUUGCUUUAGAGGAUCGCAUGAAGGAACUCUUGCCUGAAUCGGCUGAAUUUUGCCCUAUUCAUCAUUAUUUUGAUUACAUAGCUGGUACUAGUUUUGGUGCCAUUGCUGCCCUUUCCUUCCUCUAUACAAACCACUCACUCAGAAUCGGACGAUGUCUAGUGUAUCAAAUUUUGGUGAAAGUCAUAUCUUUUAAUUCAAUUUAUAUCGAAAAAAUGAUGAAGAAAUGUCUUAAGAGGAUAUUUGAGGAAAGAGUAAUGUCAUCUUUAAAGGGUCCUCCCCAUGCUAUAGUCACUACUACUGAGUAUCGUAAUAAAAAACUUUGCUUGAUAACAAGCUAUGGAAGUAACAGUGAAACUGGAUCAACCGAUCACCAAGUUUGGAAGGCAGCUUUUAUGUCAUCUGCAGCUCCUGUGAUUGUUCCUCCUGUCGAUGGCAAGUAUUAUGAUGGUGGAUUAUUGGCUAAUAAUCCGACCCAUGUCGCUUUGGGAGAGAUUAGCAAAAUUGAGCAAAAUUGUGAGUUUGGUUGUGUAUUGUCUAUUGGGACGGGAUCUUUUGAAGAUCCAGAUAUUGUGGACCGCUUACAAUAUUUAGCUUGGAAUGUUCCUUUUGGGCGAAUCUGCACAAAGCCAAUUUCAUCUACUAAAUCGUUUAAACUUUUAACAGAAUUUUCCAAGAAAGAAAAAUCCGAACAAGCUGCUCGAUCUCUAUGCAAUGAAAAGGGUUGGAAGUAUCACCGCUGGUCUCCAUUUCUCUCUAAAAAUCUAGGCCUUGCUUGUACCGACCUCAAUGUCAUCAUUGAUAUGAUGUACCACACAGAAAUGUACAUUCUUCAGAAUCCAGAGACAAUUGAUGACAUUGCUAAAUGCAUACUUGCAAAGAAACUAGCUAAUUAGUUUGCUUAUUAACAUUAUGAUUGAUAAUUGCACUUCGCUGUUUUUUAUGCAUAGAUUUUUUAUUUUUGAA